ACUCCAAGCCGCGCAAGAGGCACUGGAGAGUUGUUGGGGCGAGUGGUUUGCAGUACAGUAAAGUAAAACUCUGCUGAGGGGAGAUUCCGACGGUGGCGAAAGUCUCAGUGGUUGCGCCGCGGCCCAAGGAGGCGAACGAGACCGGUGGGACUCGCUGGAGACUGUUUAUAGCCAUGUCAGGAGGCGGAGACCUGAGGGUUCCUUGGAUGAUGGUACACUGAGAAGCUUCCCUUGAGCCCAGGCCCUCAUGGCAUCCCAAGACAAAGAUGUGAGGCCCUCACUGCCCUCUCCUUGGGCCUCCCAGAUGGGGCCCUGGGAGGCCAUUCUUGAGGCUGCCAGGGAGCAGGUUCCAUCUCUGGACUCAGAUUCCUCUUUGUCAGACUGUGGAGAGGAGGAGCUGUUCAUCUUCCAGCGAAAUCAAACCACCCUGAUUCCAGACUUGUCGGAGGAGCUGGCUGAAGAACCUGACAGGGCCUGGGUGCCUCCGGCUGACAGAGCUCCUCCUGAGGUCUGUGGAAUGCAGGCUCCAAGGAUCCAGUAUGCUGGGACCCUGUUGGCAGAAUGGGGUGUGGAACUACUUGGGGUGCCUAUGGAAUUCUCACCAGAGCCCUGGGGUGAAUGCAAUGCAAGGACAACAGAAGGAAGGGACCCUGACCAGCCUCUGGAGAGCAGUGGUGAGAGCAGCUCUCUUCUUAGGAUGCCUGAGGAGACUCCCACGUGGCAGGAAGGUGACCAUGGGGGCAUGUCCUUCAACAACAAAGGAUCCCCAAGUCCUUCCUGGGGGCCACAGGGAGAAGCCACCCCCUGUUUCCCAGAAGGAGAACUGAAGAUGGACCCAAAUGCUGCCUCCUGGGUUCGGGAGGGCUCAGACUGUGGAAACCGGAGAGCCCUCCGAAGGGAGAGAAGGAGGAUGAUUGAGAGAGACCUACUUCAUAAAAUCACCUGGGGUGCCCGGGGCCCUGCCUGCAGUGACCACAGUCAAGUGAAGGUGACUCCCUGUGAAGCUGCAGUGGCAGGUCCAAGACCAGAAAUGCCACCACAGGGGCCCCAAGAAGGCCUGCCAGUGCUUUCCCUUCAGCAAAUUGAAGAGCUGGAUUUGGAUCACAUCCUUCAGAGUCUGGCUGGACGAGAAGAUGACCAGGGAGAUCUCACAUCUGGAACCGUGUGGUGGGCAGCUGGUCGCCUCCAGGGCCGAGAUCAUGCUGAGCCCAGCGCCCAGGACAGGCUCAUGGAACAGCUCACACUCCUGUGUGCCACAAAGUCCAGAGCCUGGAAGGUGCCUGCUGACAUGCUCGAGGACACCGAGAAGCUGGAGCCCAGAAGCAGAUGUGCUUUGACCCAGCCGGGCUUCCAGGCGGGACUGAGUCAGCGACCUAGGCUAAGGAGCCCAGCAGAGCCUCCCACCGUCUUCAUUGACCUGAGGCCCACUGAGCCAUCAGACCAGGGGCUGUUGGAAAGUCCCAGCCCCAGCUCCAGCUCCAGCUCCAGCUCCUCUGACAGCGAGGAGGCAGGGCAAGAGGAGACCGUUGCUGGGAGAGACCGGCAGGGCCCAGCAGGGCUACGGGACUGCACUGGGAAGAGUCAGCUUCUCCAGCAGCUCAGGGCUUUUCGGAAGGGGAUAGCUCAGCCCCAGUUGCCUGCCAGCAAGUGUCCUAGCAGUCAGAAGGCGCAGGCCCCUGAAGAUACAGCUGGAUCUGGGCCUGGGAAAAAGCCACAUGUAACACUCUGAGCUUCGAGGCAGAAUGCCCAGCCAGACCUUCAGGAGGAAGUCCCAGGGCCUUGGGGGACCCCCUUGGGUUAGGGACAGCCAGAGAGGUCCUGGUGUCUCCUCUGGGCCAACUGUAGAUGACCCUGGGACUGGGUCUUAAGAGAUUAGCGAGAUGGUUUGACUGUCAACAUGCCCAGGCCUGAUGGUCCCGUUUCCCUCCUGUUUCCAUUAGCAGGUGCUUUUGGUCUGUCACCUAGCCCUCUGUUAGAAUUUGGUCAGAACAUUUUCAUGCAUUUAGAGCAAAAAGAUACCAGCACAAAAUUGUACAUGUGGCAUGAUGACAACUCAGGUGACCCCAGCCCUCUGAAAGCGCCUUGAAGGAAAGCCCAUGGAGACAAUGCUUUUGUUCUAUCAUGGAACUGUGAGCCUAUUAACCUUUGACCAUUUUUUGCAUUUUCCCUUUAAUGUGCAUCUGUUAUUGCCAUCAUACAAGGUCUUUUUAAAAACUAUAAAAUUUAAGUAAAACAUAUUUGGAGAAUUUCAAGGUGGAAAGGUCUUAAAAGAGAAUUUAGCUUGAUUUUCUGGGUUCCUGGAUACUUACUAUUUUGUAUACUUAAAUUAACACACUACAUAUAUACCAAAUGAACUUUUGAUUGACAUUUGACAUCUGUUUUUUCUUUACCCAAACCACAAAGGCACAUAAAUGUUCUAAAAAGUGCCUUUGUGGAAUUGGUGGAGUCGAUCUCUAAAUACAGAGAGAAUACAGAAUGUUCUAACCCCUGAAUUGUCCUGGUUUCACAAGGUUAUCCUUGUGAAUAGCCAGCAAGAGCUAGGGCCCAGGAGGCACUCCUGUCUCUGUCACCCUGUUACUUUGCA